AUGAAGUUCUUUGAUUAUGGUUGCUGCCACUUCAUGUCGGCUACUUCACCGUGUGUCUCUUCUUCCACUACUGCCUCUACUCAUUCACAGGCGGAUGCACGCACUUUGGGUCUCGUCUCGAAAAGAACUCCAUGCGCCCUCGUAUCCUUCUGGCCAUUUAACUUGCCUUUUUUUUAUAGUCACAAGCCCACAAACCGACCACGCUUCCUUGCUUUCUCUUUGCUGGCCAUGCAGCUACAACGUUUCCCUCAUACUCAUGGGCUUUGUGGCUUGGUCGAUCACUCCUACUCCACUCCCUCAUCCGUAGCUCUCUCCCUCUAA